GUGAACAUUACAAGUCCUCAUGCACUCGUUCAUUGCAUACGUUUAGUGCAUUUGCAUUCGUCACGCCGUUCAAAGCGUCUACUCAAGUAUUUUAAUUGUACGCCAUGUAAAAUGCGUUGCUCUAUGUUAUGACAUAGCUGUUGAUAUGGAGCAUGAAGUACAACCCAAAAACACUACCCCUUAUCACAGCAGCAUUAUCUACGAUUAAUUAUUGCUAAUACUAAGUACCUCUUUGUGCGUCAUUGAAAUGUGUAGCGCGUAAACAAAACACCAUGAAUGUCAAGAUGAAAAUACAGAUUGCCAUGGACGAAGAUAUAAAAGAAUUCUUCCAAAUAAGAUUGUGCUUGUGUUAUCAAGAGGAAGAGAAUGAUCAACUUUGACUCGGCUAAAAAAUAAUAGACAACAAUUAUGGGGGAUGUACUGUAUCCUACAAGUCCUCCAUCCUUGGUGGGGGUGUCCCCAGCAUACUGGAACUACUCCGAUCAUGUCAAUCUUGAAAAUAUUAAAAUGGAUAGUAAUUUCAUGUGGUUACUCUGUUCAUUAGUAUCAGCUAUUUCUUGGCUAACUUAUAUAACUUAUUAUAACAGUAGAGUACUUGGGUACAUUUUGACAAAAUUAUUGAAUCGCUUUGUUGGAAAAUACCAGUACAUCAAAGUUGGAUCUUUUACAUUGUGUGCUCUUAGUGGAAAAAUAAUGUUCAGAGAUAUUGCUUACAUUACGACAGAUUAUACUGUAAGAGUUCAAGAUGGAUAUCUUAUAUUUAGGUGGUGGAGAAAUUAUGUUCCAAAGAAUAUUUCCGAAGAUCUAUCACAUUCCGAUACUCGUCUUUCUGUUUUAUUAAAUGGUUUUGAACUACAUGUUUACAAUCGCUGUGAACUCUAUGCACAAUUAGAAAAAACUUUUGGCCUUCCACCUGAAAUAUUUCCUGAGGAAACUCAUACAACCAACACUGAUAAUCAAGAACCAGACACUAAAAACAAAAAGAAAAAACGAAACAAGCCAGCAUCCACAACUAUUGAUGUAUCAAAACAUGUUGAUAAUAUUAGGAAAAAAGAAGCUUAUGUUAUUGCCAGGACUUGGAGAGAUUUAAUACCAGUUAUUAAAGUAGAUGUUUGUACAGGAAGAUUAGUUUUUGGUAAUUGUCUAGUACCAACUACAUUGUCUGUCAAUGUAGAAGAAGCUCAUUUUAUGUAUUCUACAAAACCAGCUGCAUCUCAACAUGAUCAUUUUAUGCAUAUAACAAAAUGCAAGGCUGAAAAUUUUAAAGUUAUUUUAGCUCCCAGUCCAAAGUAUACAGGAAUGAUCGAUGAACCACCCCGUUUCAUGGGAGAAGGCUUUGUAGUUUUGAGUUCAAAUCACAUGGAACUUUAUUAUUAUAUGGAUGAACCAGGUGUCGUUCCUGAGCAACCAGAAAUGAUCAGGCUAGCAAAUGGAGAUAUGGUUGAAGCUAUGCCUCCUAUUUGGGGUAUUGAUAUCAAAUGUGGAAAGGGUACAGAUUUCAGUUAUGGACCUUGGGCUGAUCGUCAAAGAGAACAUUUGUAUAAAUUAUUCUAUCCUACUGAUUAUCAACCUCUGAAAGUAACAACAGCUCCAGUACCUGGUGAUAAAAGACAAGCUCACUCAUUCGAUAUUCGUUUAUCUACACUCAACGAAGCAACAAUUGAUAUAUUAUUUAGUAAAAAUAAGGAAACCAAUGCUGUUCAUGUUAACGUUGGUGCAGGCUCAUACCUGGAAAUAACGAUGCCUUGGAUUGUACUUCAGGAUGGAUAUACAACUAAAAUCACUGGUCAAUUAUUACAUCUGGAAGCAACUACUAGUUUACAGUAUCGUAGUUUAGUGGAAAGUGAAACGCUAGAGUUUAAUGUAAAGUGUUAUUAUCCUGUAAUUUGGAAUGAUGAGCAAAUUUGGACAUUGAAUUUGACUGGUUGCAAAGCCACAGCGAGUUUAGUUUACUCCCACAAAGAGUUUUUUCAAGACUUAAUCAUGGAUUGGGCUAGUAAGGCUAUACCCGAUCUGAUGUACUUUGUGCCGUACACAUGGAAGUUCAGUCUGUUGCUUAAAGAAUUUGAAAUAAUUACAUUAUGCAAUGAAUUUAACUGGAUCGAUUGUUCAUCGCAGAAUCAAGAAAAUUCGCAUAUUGCUUUCUGUGGAGAAAACUUUGAACUGUCAUUUGAAUUACCUUUUGUUGAAUUUCUACCACCAACUGUUCCUUUACGAUUUUGGAUACAAGGUGAGAGCGUGGAUCUAGCAUUUUAUUUACCAGAAGUGAACACAAACCGUAAUGUAUUCAUAGCACUAGAGAAAAAUGCACGAAUUCUCUGUCGAGAUGGUAGUGUAAAACAAAUGUCAGAUCUUAAUAAAAAUAAGAAAUGGCGUAACGUGUGUCAAAGAGGAUCAGGUUGGAUAGACUGCUGGUCUGUUCCAAUUGUAGCUCUAAGUAUCAAUUAUACGUAUCAUCCAUGUCCGCCGUUGGGUCCACAGCCACAAGCAAAUAUCACAACACCAGAGAAAGAAGAACUUUUGUUGUUACCAAUUAGAAUACCUAGAAGCAGAAAAUCACCAGGAGCAGGAACAAUGCAGUGGGCUAAAGAAGCUACUCAGAAGUUUGACCCUACAACAUUAGAACCUGAUCUGGUCAAUCUCGAAUUGGAAAUUGGUCCCUCGGUGCUGUUUCUUAAUGGAUCUCUCAUUAAACAUUUUAUACACUUGAAAGAAAAUAUUUUUGGUGAUUAUCAGUUGUUUACGGACAUGCAACAGUCUCGGACCACUUCUGCAAGCGCCAAAUUAGACAAGAACAAAGAUCGUGAUGUUCAAAAUAGUAGUCUUGAGACGUCGAUGGAAGACGAAGAAGCAAGAGCAAAGCAAUUCGAUCCAAGAGACUAUCGUCCAUUUGACGUUACUGUAGGAAUAACUAUGCACGAUAUUCAAGCACAUUUGGUUAAGAAUUGCAAUGACGAUGACCCACCAUGUCCAGUAAUACUAUUGGAGCGCUUUGGUUUUGAAAUGAAGAAAAGUUUCAGAGAAACUCAGCUGCAGCUCUUACUUUCUCCAGCAAUUUUACUUUUAUCAGAUAACGUUCCGAGAUCUAACAAAGAGAAACAUCUGAAUCAAGGCCAUUUGAUGUUGAGUGCAUUGCAAGUUAGGGGACAUGCAAUGUUUAGUAAUGAGGGUAGAAGUUUGGAUCAGGAGACUUUAGAGUAUGCUUGGUUGAUUGAAGUGCAGUUAGGAAAAUUAAGUGGAAAAAUAACUUCCCCUCAAUUACAUCAUUUGAUCACGUCUCUAGAAACAUUCUUGCUUAUGGCUAAAAAUUCAGAAAAUAAUUUGAAACCUCCAGGUUUACCCAGUCAUUGUCAUCAUGGUCUUCCACCCUUACAGUGUGCAGAUAGUGAUAUCGAUAAGCAUUACAGGUGUCCCAGUUCUGAAGAUAUCAAAUACAGAAUGAAUCGCGUGGCUAUCGAUUCUAUUGAUUUGUACCUUCAAGAAAGUGGCACUGCUACACAAAUCUGGGCUUCGCCUAUCCGUGUAUCAACUUGUAAUUUACACGGACAACAAGUAAAAGCAGGAAUAACAGCGAUACUACCUACACUUCUCGUUCGACAAUUCGUUUCGGCAGCUGGUCAUUUUGCCAAUACAAGUAACACUAAUACUACUGCCAGUGGCAAAUCUCAUAACAAUGCCAGCAGUCGAUUAUCAGGUGACGGAUCUGAUAUCUGGUUAGAAGUUGGUUCUGUAUCAAUGGGACCUAUUGUUAUUGAAGCCGCUAUGUCGCUUCCAACACCCGAACAUAAUUUACACGUUGUUCAAAAUAAUUAUUUGAAAACUCAUGAUGAGAAAACGAAAAGAUUGUGGUUUUUAUGGUCGCAAGAAACUGGUGCUAAAGUCGCCAAAUGCGGGUGCAUAGGUGGUUGUGUAUUUUUCGGAAACAACAGAAAUGGACCAAGGUUUUUCAAACCAAGUUAUCACGAUUUGCAGGAAGGUAUCAAUAUUGCUGCUUACCGAAUCUUCGAACCUGGAAUAGAUAAAGGAUUUGCUCAAUCAAUUUUACACGAAGGUCAAUUAGUAUUUCACACUCCACCGUAUAGUUUACAAGAUGUAACACUUCAAGAUACGGUUGUAUCAACAUCUGGAGAACCAUCUCACCGGUCAAACAGUUCAAAAAUAAUUUUUGAAAGAUCUAAAUCUGUGAUCAGUCAGAGUAAAGGAUCUGGUAUCGGAGAAAGUGACAGUGCUAAAUUUAGCGGAUCUUCAACUAGUCCGUUCAGCGGAAAUAACAAAAAAUCUUUAAGUCGACGAUUUUCGUAUACUUCGCAGAGAGGAAACAGUACCAGAGAUGUUCCAUAUGCUCGUUUAUUUGAUGCUAGUCCCGCCGCACAAUUGCCUCCUAAAUUAGAUUCAGACUCUAAGUUAAAUACUCAACAUAGUAAAUCUAAUUUAAGUGUUCCAGAAAUCGAAAGAACACCCAAGAGUAGUGCAUCUGAUUCUAAAUUGGCUGUAGAUUAUUUCAAUAUACAAGAAACAGAGUCACUUCAACAAGGUGCCCCUAGUCCUCCAAUUAUACCGAUAAGUCCCAUCGACUCAAGUGGAGCUAGUCAAGCUCUGCCUACGGAUAGUGAAUCACUACGUAUGACAGGUUCACAACAAUCAUUGUAUGUGCAAUCGGACUCAGAGGACAAGUUACUCCAAGAGGUUCAAAGAACAGUGUCAAUGUCAUCAGAAAAUCAUUCGGAAGCGUUCUAUUCAGCUGAUGAAGAUACCAGUCAUGGCUUAGGUGGAAGUCAUAAUUCCAGUUUACGACACUCAUUAGUUGGUUCUGCAAUUGUUCCCAAUCAAAAUGAGUGCAUCAAAAAGAAAUUCUUAUCGGACUUAUCUAUUGUCGAGAGUUCCGCAAAUGCAAUUCAUGCAGCCGAUAAUGUUCCGGAAAAAGCUCAUACGCUAGAACGGGCCAAGCCUCAGUCGACAAGUUCACGAAAAAGUACUCGAAUUCAAGCUACAUCUAAUUUCCAAUCAGAUACCGAAGCAACAGAGAAUGGAAAUGUUUUAUUACAAGAUUCAUCUGAUAGUCAUUCCGUUUCUUCUACUAGUUUUAUAUCUGCUGUAUCAUCUCAGGAAGAUAUGACCUUAGUCAAUUUACAUAUGCAAGUGAACAAACCAAUUGUUGAUUCACCCUUAUUGAUGUCUAGUUACGUCAGUCAUUUGUCACAGGUGCGUUGCAGUAACUGGUCAACUUCGUCAUUACCAAGUAGUGGCGAUGCCUUUACCACUCCGGUAUUUCAACGAACUGAUGAUGGGAGACUCGUGUACAUUGGAGGACGGUACAUUCCAAAAUACGAAGUGAUGACUGAAGGAUUCACGUCAUUGAAAAUGAUUAGUCGUAAUGAAUCGUCACCAAAAGCUUCUUCGUCAAAUAAAACGCCAACUCAUCCAUACAUAUGGGAUAGUUCUACUUUAAUUCAAUCAGAAGGAGAAGAAAUUGUAACCCACGGGGAAGAAGAAUUUCUAGCUACCCAACAUGAAACUGGAUAUCGAACGACAAUCAUUGUAAAGCUCAAAGGAGACAUUGAUAUUAUGAUAAGUCCUUUAGUUUUGGAGUGUCUUCAACGCUUUAUCGAUGCAAUAAUUCCAACUCUGUCUACACUACAUCCUUUAACGAUUCUUAAUCAUUUGCAUAACGAAUGCAUUGGAAGGGUUGAAGAUGCAAAUAUACUCAAGCAGGAUCAGAGCUUAUCUUAUUGGAGCCAAGUGCAAACUAGUUCUAAACGUUCAACGGCAGAAAGAAAUUUGAAGAAUGAUGAUGGAAAAGUGGCUUUACAAACGAGUGUAUAUGAGGAAUGUAUUUCGACGCAAAUACAAGGAAGUAUUAUUCUACCAAAGAUAAACGUAACGCUAUUACAAGCUUCUGUUGUAGAAGAAAUCAUAUCAUUUUCUGCUUUGGAUAAUAUUCGUGACUUAACGUGUGUAUCAUUAUUUGCGAUUUGCUUGGAUGAUGUGACGGCAAGAUUCUAUUUAGGAAAACAAGCUCGAGAAAUUGUCCAAACUUUUCACAAACCAGCGGUUUUACCUAAUCAGAAAAAAGUUAAUAAAAUCACUAAAGCGUUUUUAUCAGGACAUCAGACUACUGCUGUCGUUGCUGACAUUGGCGGUGGAGAGACUGUAUACAUAGAAACUUCUGAAAAGCAACAAGAAGAAAUAAUUGUUACAUUAAAUAUUGGAAAAGCUCAUACGCAAUUGAGACGAUUAAGGAACGAGUCUUCCAUUUUGAAGGAUGCCGUCAUAACGGCAAUUCCAUCAUAUUACUCUCGAGUGUUGUUUACUUGUACUAGAAUCACAUCCCCAUUAAAAUGUAUUGACUAUUAUCUACUUCAACCGCCAGAUGAAAAAGAUAAACAAAAUAAGCAGUCAAGCCCACCACAAGCAACUGAAGAAUUCACUGUAGGCUGCGGAGAAGACAAAUUAGGUUUUAUCAUGUUUGAAUGUGGAUUGGAAGGAAUCAAACUCAAAAUUGUAAAGAGAUCUCAGUUUGAAAAAGGUGAUAAUGGACAAAAUGAAAAUGAGACUGAAAUUUCUGAAAAAGAUAAUAACGUCAGUAAAAGUCAAGAUGAUCUCAAUAAUACUGCUGAUUCGACAACGGAAACAUUCGAACAAGAGUCAAUUCAAGCUCCAUCGAAUCUUAACAAUUCGACGCAACAAGUGAAUACAAGUGCCAUGGCCCUAGCGAAGGCAGCAAGUGGCAAUACUGUAUCUUGUGUAAUAGAGCUGAGAACUGUGUGGUUCAAUUUUGCUGCUCCACCGCGAACACCAAUCACCCGUAAAAUUGAUUAUACUCGAUUGGAUUGGAAUUUACUCAGUACUGCUUCACCGGCAAUAAAUGCAUGGAUGAAUCCGAACAACAGAUUCGCCAUUCAAGUUGUUCAUAUGUUCCGUUGCAUGUAUCGCAGGUCAACGGCUGUUGUCGCGUGUCUUAUGGCAGAGGCAUUAGAUAUGCAGGCUAUUCAUAUGCCCGUGAAGAGUCGGUACGGAAAGUUAACACCACUUGCAAAGACGUUACAAGAAGAUCCAUCCUGUCAGUUAUGCAGUAUUCUUCAAAAUUACAUUUUACUGACAAAUCUAGAAACUACUGAGGCUAAUCUACGUGAAGCUGAUUUACCAACGUUAUCUACACUACGACAGGGAGUGAUAGUUCUAAGUCGACAAUGGAAAAAUGUACUUUACACUCCGUUGUUACUGGAGCACAACUACAAAACGAAACACAUCAAGCCGUUGAACGUUGCAUUUGCCAUGUCGGACCCGGAGGAGGAAAACAUCAUGACCGACGGCGAAGGUAGUGGUGGAGAUGCCGAUGAGCAAGAAGUGACUGACGAAUGUGCAAUGCUUAUCCACGCUGAUCACAUGCACAAACACUUGCACUCAAAAGGUCAAGAACGAACGUCAGUACCAGUGAGUUCUUCCCGCGAGCGAGACACAACUUCCCCGAUUCCAGGCCCACCAGAUUCUGUGACUUCACCACCUAUGCAAAAGUCAGCCAAAACAUUACAGCCAACUCAAGUACCCGCCAGCGCCAGAGCCAGUAUCGCUUUUCCGUUGCUUACCACCGGUGGACUUUUUAAUCAGUCUAAGGAACCCAACACCAUUAGCUACGGCACACUACGUGAAGAAAAAGCACCCCACAUAUACAUUUCUCACCACCAACUGGGAUCAAAUCCGAGCAUAUACUCGGGUGGCAAUGUUGGUCACGGAGGCAGUCAGCACAGCACAACUAGUCUAGACCAGAUCACCUCUCCACCGACAAAUCACUCAAGCAAACCCGUCAAUUUAGGUGAGGAUUUGUACAGCUGGAUGGCCAAGCAACAGGAAUAUAUGAAGGAGCACGACAAGGGGAAUCUCAAAGGCAACUGGGUCUUUCAUACCGAACAAAAGGUUACCAAGGACUCUAAAGUUAAUACCAUGACGACUGAAGACACAGAAGACUCUGACGUUCAAAGUGGUGCUUUCUUGUAUACCAUGAAAGACUCGCUUCGGUUGCUGGAUGCGCAUCUAAUCUUCGAGCCGCUACUGUCGUCUUUGUCGGUGAUGCCGCAACAAAUGCUUUCUGCCAUUAGUUCUGGAAAUAUUAACAACGUUUCCUCUCUGGACUCAUUGGCUUCAAAUGUGUCUUUAGUUAGUAGCAUGGAAACCAUGAGAAUCGAUAUUGUUGUUAGUGAACACGGCAAAGUUCCGGACAAGAAAAAAAAUAACAAAUACCAAUCGAAGAAAUCAGGUUCAAAGUUUCAUUUGGAUAUUCCGCCGGAAAUGCCUGCCUUUCUCUGUGAAAAGAUUGGAGUUGACAUUGACGUGAAAAAAAUGGCAGAUAUGACUGUCGACGAUAUGAUUCAAAAACAAAACGUUCUGUAUAUUUCAAGAGGUCAAUUAAAAAAGCACACCAGCACUGUUGUUAAUUUUAGCUUAAACAUACGUUACAUUAGUCAACAAGUUAACAUGCCACUUUUGAGACUUUUACAUCAGAUUAGUAACAUGUAUCAAAACGUUAAGGAGACUCAAAUGGAGCUAAAAGCUCAACAGCAACAACCGGACGCAAAAAUAAAUGCAAAUACUGUGAUAACCACUCGUACGAAAAAUGGCUCCUCUUCAACUUCUGAUUUACAAGAACAUUUUACAGUAGCGAUGAAAAAGGCUGAAAAGCAAGUAGCAACAAAAUCCGUAACCAAUAACCCUCAGCCCAAAGUGAUUUCCCCGUCAGCGAGUUUACGCUCAAGGCCACAAAGCUUUACGCAAAAAUUACGCAGUACCGGAAAAAGCGUCAAAGGGUACAUGAACUUGAGCGAAGGCAUCAUAACGCCAAACUUCGGUGCUAGUCCAAGUAGUUCAGGUUUAGAUAAAUUCAGUAUAUUAUCAGAAAAAGUCAAAACUGUAUCUAUCAUAGCGCCAAGAUGCUGGAAAACAAUAUAUCACCUUUUGGAUUUGUACGCCAUAAAACCAGAAACAAAAAUGAUCUCACAUAGACUGUCGGUGCCUGCAGACACCACGGAACGUUACAAGGGAAAUAAAAAGUAUGAGAAUUUGAGCGAUAUUAAAGAGGCUGACGUAGAAAAAGGUUUGAACGCAGAGACUAGCUCAACUCCUGUACCUCCUCCUCGGGAAUUAAGCGUCGUCACUGGUGAGCGAACAAGACUGAUUAUUUUUGGAGUAGCUAGAAUACAUCGAACAAGACUUUUAGCUACACUAAGUGGACUUAAACUAGAAGCAGAGAUAACUAGUUUACAUGCAAGUUUAACAUGCCGUAAAAAGACUCGACCUGCAAGCUUAGAGUGUAGUUUGACUGGCCAAAUUGGAAGGACGAUGAUUGUUCUUUUGGAGGGUGUAGCACCUAGUCAACAGACUGUCGUCAAAGUAACAGUGGGGAAAUCACAGGCCUUAUAUUCGAGCGUCACUAGAAGGCAGAAAGAUAAGAAUAGCGGUUUGCUAACAAUCGGUGCUGUUAAUAUCGAUAUUCCUCAGCAUCCUGUCGCUUUGCAUGGCAUGAUGACAAGAGGUAGCAAGCAAUUGUCAUCGACUCUCCAGGAACUACGUGUAGCAAGGACUUCCUCGCGAAUGGCUCGUGGUCAACAGGCUGAAGAAACUGAUGGAGUGCCUAGCAGUCCUCAUCAAUAUCCAACAGCUCCUGCAGUCAAUCUCGAUAAAUGUCAAGCUGUGUCUAGUCUUCUUGAGCCUAUCGUGAUGCAAUUCCAUAUUAUUUUGCAAAGCCUGAGUAUAACAGCAGCGCUGCUUCCGUCGUUACAAGCACAGUAUAAAAUGGAUCAAGUGAAUAGCUCUGGGAUUACUGGCAGCAAGGCUAAAUUUACUAUUGAUUUACCAAAUCAUAGUCUGAGUUUCACCACAAAAUUACAAGUAACUGAAGCCAAUUUGCCAUCUGAAGCUAGCAUAGAGUUACCGAAAGUACAUGUCUCUGCUGAAUAUAUUCAGGAUGGCGGUAGUAACUUAAAUGAUAGUAAAAUUGCAGAUGGUGUUGUACUCAGACAAGGAAGCUACAUGAGUGCCACAGCUGAUAUUGGUAUAUUUGAACAUUCCUUGACUACAGAUCUUCUGAAUCACUUGGUAUUUGUUCAGAAAGUUUUUAUGAGAGAAGUAAAUGAAGUUGUGCAGAAAGUUUAUGGCGGUGAGAAACCAGUGCCGUUAUGGCUUGAAGACGAAGAACCUGGAACCUCUUCUAGUUUAAAAAGAAUCCUGUUUUCACUUGUUAUUCGUAUUAAGAGAAUUCAACUGACGGCAACAACACCAACCAACUCAGCAGUACGACUGGAAACAGGAUCCUUCGAAUUUCAACUUUCAAAUCGCGUUCAAAAUGUUUCUGGUGCUACGCAGCCAAAUCCAUACUCGAAAUUAUUUGGAAAAGCUCAAGUCGAAAUCAAUCUCAGUCUUGGGCAGCUUAUUAAAAAUGUCAUGUUUGAAGAAGCAGAUCCGGAAUUUCAACAAUAUGCAUUCUUCAAUACUCGUAUUGGUUUACGAAAUGCCUUCCAAGAAGAGUUGGCUGAAAAAGAAGACAAAGAAGUUGUUCUGAUAACUCUGAAGAGACCUUUGAUUUAUAUCCAGCCAAUGGCAGUUGACAAAGCCAUUCUUGUUUGGCUAAAUUAUAAAAAUGCUUACGAAUAUUGGAACGAGAAACGAUCAAAUUUGAACAAAGAAGUUCUGACAGCCACUCAACAAGUGUUUGAGAAAGUACCGUUCGGUCAAUUAACUAGUCAACUUAGCUCUCCUAAUUUAGGAACUUUGUUCUUACAACUGACUGUUGACGACAUGGGUAUUUGCAUCCCAUUGAAUCCAUUGCCACCUGCAAAUUGGGGUUUGAAUAGAGGAAUGUACGAAGGCGACUCUAGAGGAGCUGUUGUUAUAACUUUAGAGAAUACUAGUAUUUCUGCUUGUAGUAGUGGUAGCUUAGUUAGUAAGGGAAGAUUUGUUGGCCUAUGCUUGAGAUUCGCCGAAGACUUUGAAACAUCACUGGACGAUUGGAAACCUGAUGUAAAUGAUAGUAGCAUUAUGAAUUUAUGCGUUGUUUCUGAAGGCACGUAUGAAGUAUGUAGCAGAACAAUAGCUCAAAAACAAGACAAAAAUGCCCGAGUCACCGAAAACGCAAAGUGGAUUCUAAAUGUGCAGUGGCAGAUGGAGGGUGUUGACAUUCACUUAGACGUGAGCGUUGGUCAGCAGUUAUCUGCUCUGGGACACACUUUGACAAUGUUAACUGGCUCGGAAGAAGACGACGCUCGUGCAUCUCUUGACUACGAUAGUGACGAUGCUAAUCAACCAGACAACAGUACCAGCCAGGAAAGUAUCUUAAUGAAAAAGAAAAACUGGACAGAUAGUUUACCAGCUUUCAUAUUUGAUCCUUCGCUCGAUGCUAAGAAGCGCUCGAAGUUAAUUGAAAAAGAAAUGAAUGAGCAAGCUAAAAUUAUCAAUGACUUACGAUCUCUUGGUGCAUCACACGGGACUAUAGAGCAAGAAAUGAAGCGCUUACGUGAAUUGGAAGCUCUAGUUUUUAAAGAUUUUAGACGUGACUGGAUACAAAAGCUGAGAAGACAGUCUGUAAAACCAUCGGGUAUUCGUGGGAAAUUGGGUCUCGGGAAUAACAAACAAACUUAUAGAUCAAGGUCUUUCAUUGUUCCGUCGCCAACACCUGAAAAUCAAUUAGGUAGUCCUGAAGAUAUGAAAUCGGAUACAACUACGAUCAACUCGGCAAGCUAUGAAAGCAGUCCGAAAAGCGGCCCAAGCAGAUCAGCAUCUCUGCGUGUAAGAGGACUUGGCGGGCCUCGCGUAACGUUUAGCGAUACUCAUACAAUUUGCAGGCAAUCAUCUCUGCCUAGCGCGGGAUCGGAACUGAGUUUACCCGAAGGGAGUUUAGAUUGGCCCGAUACCAUCGAAAUUGACGGUGAGCAAGUGGAAUUGCGUAAGAAGAAUAAAGAAAUGAGUACAACGUCCAGUUAUGACAGUAUGGAGGGAAAUAUCCCCUUAUUAGAAUCAUUAGUUAUUGAUCCAACUUCGAGCACUACUUCGCCAUACUUUUUGCCUCAAAAGCCACAAGAACCAAACAUAGACUUUGAACUCGAUGUCAAAGUUUUGAUUAACAGUGGCAAGUGUGUCUUACAUACAAAAGAUCCAACAAAAGAAGAUGAAUUAAAAAUAAUGAGUCGAAUGAAGAAAGAACGCUCGUGUUCAGGAGGUACAUUUGAGUUUCAGGCCAGUAGUCCAAGCAGUAGUAGAAAGAAUGAGCGCAGUAAAGAAAAAUCGAACACUAGUUCAUCUAGAUUACGAUAUGUACAUCAUGCGAACGUGCCUUUGGUAGAUUUGACUAUAUUUCACAUUCCCGGUCUAGAUGUUAAAGUUCACUACGAAUCCAAAAUAGUAUCCGAAGAGUCCCUAUCGCCAAGAAUUUCAAUUGAUACUCCACUUUUGAAUCCAUCAGCGAUGUCCCUAAUGAGAAAAUCAAGUACUAAAAAAGCCAGUCUCUUCGCUUGGAUGACACUGCAAAGUAUUCCUGAGGAAACAAUCAUCAGUCCACACAUACUUGGAUUUUUAGAACAAACUUUAGAACCCAUACCAAGUAAAAUGAACUUCCAGACAGGUGGGCAGAGUGCUAUGUUCCCUCUGGAAAACAUGGAAAGUUCAUGGGCUGCGACUGCUGCAAAUAGUAAUUACGUUUAUGCCAGUUUUCCGGUAGACGUUAUUGUUUACUUUCACAUGCAGCCGUCGACGUUCAGAUUUUCCUGUUUGCCUGUAUCACGAGUCGAAUGCAUGCUACAGCUUCCGUCUCUCGACAUUGUAGUCUCAUCAAAGCGAGCUGAAGAGGAUCUCACUGAAUUCGGCGAACACAAGUCGGGCAAAGAAAGUGGCUCUGCAACUGGUGGAAUUUCUGUUACUGGUUGUCUAGCCGAUUUUUCUGUGUACAUAUUUCAUCCAUACGGUGGCAAAAAGUCUGGUCCUAAGGAAGCACAGUGGUCACCACUUUCCGAUAGCGAAAGAAAGGAUUCACUCAGCAUCAAUGUUGAAUUUGUCAACUUUCAUUUAUCGAGAAGUAAAAAGAAGAACUUCCCUAAUGAUCAAUUAAAAAUUAGCGGAGAUCCGAGGGCUGUUAUAAGAUUUUCAACUAUUGUUGACAUCGGCUCGGCUUCAUUCAAAUACGAUAUGCGAAGAUUGACUGAAAUCCUUGCUUUCCCAAAAGCUUGGUACAGACGUAGCAUUGUUAGACGUUUAUUUUUGGGUGAUCUUAGCUCAAGUAUGGCUUAUUCCGAAGGCGACGUUCGUAACCGCGAGGAGGCAGCUAUGGGGAGCUCUCUAUUAAAACAUGACCGCCAUGGCAGCGAUGUGUUGUCGAAAAGUACUCCUGAGCGAAGUCCAAAGUUAAAUAGAGAUAAUUUAAGACUGAGUUUUGAUGGCGAUACACCUAAGCAAAUUCGAUUGAAAGACAUUGGUAGAGGAUGGAGUUUCACUGGUGACAAACAGUCAUCCGAAGUAAAAGUAAGAGAAUCUGCUUGGGAAACAUUGGUGCUAUUUGCUGUUAACUUUACUCGCUUAAAUGUACACAUGAAUAUGGGCAAUGUAAUGGGAAACGUUUCUUGGAUGACCAAAGAUUUUCGUUCAGAUGGAAGACUGUCAAUCGGCAGUACUGGACAUAAAAAUCUGUAUAUAGGUAUUGGUUUAGGAGGCUCUAGCCUAGACGCCAAGGGAGGUAUUGUCGGCGGUAUCAUUGAGCUUAGCAAAAUUGACACUUAUAUUCACAUUCGCGAAGAACCUGACACAGAACCUGACCAUACAGUCGGCUUAAAGUUGUUUGCAUUGGAGUUAAGACUUGAUUAUAUGGGCACAAGUGUUUUAAUGUGCAGAGUAUCAUCCUUAGACGUUACUCUACGAGAUGAAUGGAAAAUUAACCGUAGUACUUGUAGCGGCGCAUUCAUGCCUACAAGAAGACCUGCUAUAAUAUUUCUACAUGGUGUCCUUGGCUGGGAUCAACUACAAAUAAUGAUAAGUAAAUCCACAACGGCUGACCUGCUGAAAAUGUUUUACAAGUUGGAUGAAUUCUUUAGUCAACAAUUCAAGAGUAGCAAACGCGUGUUUAGUUCUUUACAAACUAGACAGCAAAGAAUCAGUAACAACAGUCUGAAAAGAAGGCAACAGAAGAAACGUGGUAAUGCCGAAGCAUAUUCACAAGCUGCACUAACAGAUGCUCGACAUCAUCGUCAUUGGCAACGAGUUCUGUGCCAAGUAGCUGGAUUACAAUUGGGAACUUUACGAUUUGCUUUGCCGGCAAACGGAACGGUUCUUGGUGGUACAAUGGAACUACAUGGAUCUAACAUCAGUCUAGCAUGUUUCCAUGGUAUCAAUUUUAAGUGCAAGAGUUGGGCACUAUUUUCGUUAAAAGAACCAUGUAUAAGUUUCGCCACGGAAGCUCAAGAAAUUCCAAGCAUAGAAUCACCCAACGCUAGCGAUGUACACGUUGUUCAAACUUUAACUAUCAGUUUGGGACAACAACAAGAACAGCACACUAGACAUCAUUCUAUGGCAACUGUUUGUCGGAUGAGUCGAAGUGUCCUGUUUCCUCCGCAAUUCAAGACUUUACAAGAAUGGUUCCACUAUGCUUUUGCCAACAGUGAAAUCGAUGCUGUAGAUCGCUUUCCUUGCGUUGAAAGAGAGAGAACCGAAAGUACCUCGGAAUCAGCUGGUAGUAAUAGAGGAAGAAAUUCAUCAACCAGUACUGGAAAACUGCAAGAACACUCCCAUACGCGAGAAGUCAUAUUCUCACUACCAUCGUUGCAACUACAUUUAAAAACGGAACAUUUACAAGCUGCCAAAACUCCGGAUGUAAUGGGUGAAAAGCCGCUAGUAGAGUGCAGCUUUAUAACUGAAUUCGAGGACCACAUAUUUGUAACAGUUGACGCAGAGGCCUUUUUCUUCUUGCAUGAUCUUAUCACGUCGUACGUCAAAGAAAAAGAACGGGUGGUAAUUAUCAAUCUGAAUAAUUGUCAUGCAAUGCAAUACAGCGCUAGAGCCCACAGUCCCGAUCCCACUAAGCGCAAGGGUGCAGCUCAAGCAAGUACCUCGGCAGCUACUGGCACGUCUGCCGAGGAUGAUAAGAAACGCAAGCAAUUUGAUCCCGCCGAGAUGUUCAUUAAAGACUGGCGAUCAUACAGAUGUAAGACUUGGCACUUAGAGCCAACUGUCAGACUCCUAUCAUGGGCUGGUAAAAGUAUAGAACCCUAUGGCAUCGAUUAUAUAUUGCAAAAACUAGGCUUUUCUCAUGCCCGCAUUACUAUACCAAAGUGGAUUCAACGUGGAUUCAUGGAUCCUUUGGACAAAGUACUCGCCGUUCUUAUGCUGAGGAUGGUACUGGCUGUUCGCGAUGAAACCCCUGACGAGAAGGAACAUAAAAAGGAAAAAUAAUUCUUUCACACAUCGACAUACUAAACUUUUAUUUAUCGUGUAAAAUUGAUCAUAUUUUUUAUAAACCAUUUAUUUUACGUCAUCGUUCGUGCGACGUGAGGUAUUGAACAAUGGCGUAAUAGUGCAUGUAGAUUAUUGUAAAGAUUUUGUUUGUAUUUGUAUUCUUUCAUGUUUUUAUAUACUUGUAUAGUGAUUAUACUGUAAAACAAAUGUAAAAACAAAAACAUAAUAACGGAAGCGAUGGCAAACGUUAUUAUAGCUUUAACAGGCAAUGGCUUCCAACGAAAUCAUCAUGUUUGUUACAGAUACAUACACAUACAAAGCUAUUCUUGUUUUCAAAAUAGAUAUUAGCAUGUGUGAGUGCGCAUACGUGCUCGUUCGACUGUGAUUUACUCUAAUGCGAAUUUUGAUUGUAUUGAAAAAUGAGAGAAAACCAUGUUAUUGUAAAUGUUUUGUCCCUUUUUUUUGUGAACGUAAGAAACUUUUUACUUGUGACCAGAGCAAAAUUGUGAGGCUAAUGUGUCCGUGGUAUUUAUUAAUGUCACAACAGCAAAUUUAAAACUUGUGUAUAUAUGUAUGUAGUUAAAGAAUCGUUGGAAAUUCAAGAUAUAAACUUUGUAUCAAUAAGUUGUGCGAAUUAUUAAUUUCUUAAUGUUAUAUAUAUAACAAGAAAGGUAUAAUUAUUUAAUUUAGUUUCUUAUAUGAUUUAUGAAAUGAGCAAUGAAUUUUCUAUGGCUCUAUUAUUCGUUUAAUAUUCAUACUGCUUCGACAAAUUCCUUUGUUUAAUGUACAAAAUUAAAGCUCAUGACUGUAUAUUACGAAAUAAAGUAGAACAAAACGUUAACAUUUAUCAAUAACUCUGUCUUGGAGAACAGUUCUUUCAUAAUUUUUCCUAAAUGAAAAUAUCCUGUUUUAGGAAUUAGUAGAAUACUUUUA